AUGUUUUGGGCUGCAUUUUCUGGCGCUACCCGGCGUACGGGGCUUAUCCCGCUCUUUGGAGACCCUAAUGCUGAGCGUACUGGCGUCACUGCCUUGGUUAUUGAAGAUUUAUACCGCCGGAUCUUACCUAUCUUGGUUAUAAAUCAGGAUAGCAUUUUUCAGCAUGAUAAUGCUCCAACACAUACCGCGUACGUCGUACGGGAUGCUUUAGCUGAGAUGCAAAUUGAGGUUAUGGAAUGGCCUCCUCAUUCGCCUGAUUUAAAUCCAAUUGAGAACCUCUGGGCGUUACUAAAAGCCAAGAUCUACGAGCUUCGACCUGAUCUCUUACAUAUGGGGAAUAAUGACACGACAAAGGAGAUACUGGUGGCGACAGCGCAGCAGGCAUGGGACGAAUUAGAGCUACGCCACUUGAAGCAUCUCUCUGAGACGAUGCCGCACCGUGUAGAAGCUAUUAUUGAGAGCCAGGGAUGGUAUACGCCGUACUAG